AUGGAGGUACUGGUGCAGACACUACUGCUGGAGGUACUGGUGCAGACACUACUGCUGGAGGUACUGGUGCAGACACUACUGCUGGAGGUACUGGUGCAGACACUACUGCUGGAGGUACUGGUGCAGACACUACUGCUGGAGGUACUGGUGCAGACAUUACUGCUGGAAGUACUGGUGCAGACACUACUGCUGGAGGUACUGGUGCAGACAUUACUGCUGGAGGUACUGGUGCAGACAUUACUGCUGGAGGUACUGGUGCAAACACUACUGCUGGAGGUACUGGUGCAAACACUACUGCUGGAGGUACUGGUGCAGACACUACUGCUGGAGGUACUGGUGCAGACACUACUGCUGGAGGUACUGGUGCAGACACUACUGCUGGAGGUACUGGUGCAGACACUACUGCUGGAGGUACUGGUGCAAACACUACUGCUGGAGGUACUGCUGCAAACACUACUGCUGGAAGUACUGGUGCAGACAUUACUGCUGGAGGUACUGGUGCAAACACUACUGCUGGAGGUACUGGUGCAGACAUUACUGCUGGAAGUACUGGUGCAGACACUACUGCUGGAGGUACUGGUGCAAACACUACUGCUGGAGGUACUGGUGCAAACACUACUGCUGGAAGUACUGGUGCAGACAUUACUGCUGGAGGUACUGGUGCAAACACUACUGCUGGAGGUACUGGUGCAGACAUUACUGCUGGAAGUACUGGUGCAGACACUACUGCUGGAGGUACUGGUGCAGACACUACUGCUGGAAGUACUGGUGCAUACAUUACUGCUGGAGGUACUGGUGCAGACACUACUGCUGGAGGUACUGGUGCAGACACUACUGCUGGAAGUACUGGUGCAGACACUACUGCUGGAGGUACUGGUGCAGACACUACUGCUGGAGGUACUGGUGCAGACACUACUGCUGGAGGUACUGGUGCAGACACUACUGCUGGAGGUACUGGUGCAGACACUACUGUUGGAGACAUUACUGCUGGAGGUACUGGUGCAGACAUUACUGCUGGAGGUACUGGUGCAGACACUACUGCUGGAGGUACUGGUGCAGACAUUACUGCUGGAAGUACUGGUGCAAACACUACUGCUGGAGGUACUGGUGCAGACACUACUGCUGGAAGUACUGGUGCAAACACUACUGUUGGAGGUACUGGUGCAGACACUACUGCUGGAGGUACUGGUGCAGACACUACUGCUGGAAGUACUGGUGCAAACACUACUGCUGGAGGUACUGGUGCAGACACUACUGUUGGAGACACUACUGUUGGAGGUACUGGUGCAGACACUACUGCUGGAGGUACUGGUGCAGACACUACUGCUGGAGGUACUGGUGCAGACACUACUGCUGGAGGUACUGGUGCAGACACUACUGCUGGAGGUACUGGUGCAGACACUACUGCUGGAGGUACUGGUGCAGACACUACUGCUGGAGGUACUGGUGCAGACAUUACUGCUGGAGGUACUGGUGCAGACACUACUGCUGGAGGUACUGGUGCAGACACUACUGCUGGAGGUACUGGUGCAGACACUACUGCUGGAGGUACUGGUGCAGACACUACUGCUGGAGGUACUGGUGCAGACACUACUGCUGGAGGUACUGGUGCAGACACUACUGCUGGAGGUACUGGUGCAGACACUACUGCUGGAGGUACUGGUGCAGACACUACUGCUGGAGGUACUGGUGCAGACACUACUGCUGGAAGUACUGGUGCAGACACUACUGCUGGAGGCGUGUCAUGGAUGUGCAGCGGGAUCAAGGUGUGACUGCAGCGGAGUGAAAGGAGUCAAGGGUGAAAGGGGUUUACCAGGACUACAGGGUCAGCUGGGCGUACCGGGGUACCCCGGACCUGAGGGGCCCAUCGGUGGCAGGGGAGAGAAGGGUAGUGACGGAACUUCAGGGCCUGGAGGUCCAAAAGGGAUACGAGGCCCUCCCGGACUGCCUGGAUUCCCCGGAACACCAGGAAUUCCAGGUCUCCAGGGACAGGAUGGCCCCCCAGGCCCCAAAGGAACUGCAGGCUGCAACGGGACUAAGGGUGAGCGAGGAUUCCCUGGAAGUCCAGGCUUCCCCGGACUGGAGGGUCGAUUGGGUCCACCUGGUUUUCCAGGACAAAAGGGAGACCCAGGUGAUGUUUUCACAAAUGACCGUUUCGGACAGAAAGGAGGUGUAGGUCUGCCUGGCCUGCCCGGAGUUCCUGGUGACCAAGGCCCCUCGGGAUUGUCCGGUCCUACCGGCCCUCCCGGCCCCAGAGGUUAUGAGGGUCGUCCCGGGCCUCCUGGUCUUCCUGGUCCUAAGGGAAACAUGGGGUUGAACUUCCAAGGUCCCAAAGGAGAUAAGGGUAUUUCAGGUCAGCAAGGUCCUCCCGGACCACCAGGACAAGUUGGGGAGCAAACAAGACCCUCAGUGUCAAGUAUUCAGAAAGGAGAAACGGGUGAUCAAGGUUUACCUGGUCCACCUGGUGAUCCUGGUUAUCCUGGACCCCCUGGUUCAUCUGGUGGUUUGAAGGGAGAGAAAGGAGAAAAUGGAGAAGCAGGCAAGCGGGGCAAACCAGGGAAGGAUGGAGACCCAGGUCCUGCUGGAUUCCCUGGUAGUAAGGGAGACCCAGGUGGGCCAGGUCUGCCAGGUCGGGAUGGUGACAGGCAGGUGAGCAAUGGUCCAUCUACAGUUGGGCCUAAAGGAGAACCUGGGCGUCCUGGGGAGACAGGAAGGAAAGGAGACAGAGGACAACCUGGUCUCUCGGGUCCUCCAGGUCAACCAGGAACCACAGGUAUCGGAGGUGGAGGCCAGCCCGGUUUACCAGGCUUCCCAGGAGAGAGGGGCCAGAAGGGAGACGAGGGCCAGCCAGCCAUCUCCAUCCCCGGGAACCCAGGAAGAGGUGGCGCCCCUGGUCUGCAGGGACCUCCAGGACCUCCUGGGCCCCCAGGGGUCUCCAAUGGGGGUAUUAACUGUAUAGGAGGGGCCACCGGGUUACCAGGACAACAGGGGAAUAUAGGAUUCCAAGGAGAGACCGGACAGAAAGGUGAGAAGGGAGACACCUGCAUUAACUGUUUCUCCAGAGGCAACAGUGUCCCUGGAGCACCAGGCCCUCCCGGACCUCCUGGGUUCCCAGGUGGACCAGGAGGACCAGGGGCUAAAGGUGACAGAGGAUUCCCAGGCGGUCCAGGGCCUUCAGGUUCUUCUGGUUUGCCCGGUCCCCAGGGUGCUCCUGGUUUCCCAGGAGAGAAGGGUGACCCAGGUGAUGCUACUGCUGUGAAUGGGGUGGGCGGAGACAAGGGAGACACAGGGUUUCCAGGACCCGCUGGCCUGCCUGGUCUGGACGGAAGACCUGGUCGCGAUGGAGGUCCUGGAGCUCCUGGACCCAAAGGAGCAUCUGGAUCUCUAUUAGUGAAGGGUGAGCGAGGACCUCCAGGUGAGCCCGGUUCGCAGGGUCUCCCAGGUGACAGGGGUGCCAUCGGAUCCCCAGGCUUCGGCCCCCAGGGGCCCCCCGGAGAGAAGGGUGUCCAAGGUGUCUCAGGGAGAACGGGAACACCUGGAGCACCAGGAGGUAAAGGGGAGCCGGGUCAGACGAUAGCAGAGAAGGGCCUCCCAGGACCCCGAGGACAGGAUGGAGACCCCGGUCUACCUGGAAACCCAGGUAACCCCGGCGGGCCAGGACAGUCCGGUUUCCCCGGGUCACCAGGUCCCAAGGGUGAUCCCGGCCUCUCUGGCAUCGGACUGCCAGGACCCACCGGAGCUAAAGGAUUCCCUGGCUCAACUGGUUUGCCAGGUGGUCCCGGAGGUCCAGGUAGACCAGGUGUGGACGGGUUCCCCGGACAGCCAGGUGCACCUGGAGCUAAGGGAGAGCCAGGCUUCGGGCUGCCAGGUCCCCAGGGCUCACCAGGCUUGCCCGGAGAUAAAGGAUUCCCUGGACCCAAAGGAGACUCUGGUUUCCCUGGCAACCCCGGCUUGCCAGGACGAGCCGGCUUUGACGGCGGCCCUGGUGCCAAAGGUGACUCUGGUAUCCCUGGUAGACCCGGAGCUCGUGGCCCUCAAGGAUCACCCACCAUCAGCUCUCAGGGUGUCCCCGGCCCUGUCGGACCCCCAGGACCUAUGGGUGCUCCAGGAUACUCAGGCAACAAUGGAGAGAAGGGAGACUCCGGUCUUCCUGGCCCGGGCAUUACAGGGUUGCCAGGAGACAGAGGAAGUCCCGGUUUCCCCGGCAGCCCCGGGGGAGGUGGACCUCAGGGUAACCCCGGUGGUCCUGGCCGCGAUGGAAUACCUGGCCUGCCUGGUGGUAAAGGAGACAUGGGUGUAAUGGGAACUCCUGGAUCUCUGGGAUCCCCUGGCAACCCCGGAGGGCCCGGCUUCCCUGGACCUAAAGGUGACGAUGGUUUCCCAGGGCGACCAGGUGGGACCGGCAGUCCAGGUCUGAAGGGAGACAGAGGAGACCCCGGUCUCAUAGGACUCCCCGGUCCCAGCAACACUCCCCCUUCAAUCAAGGGAGCCAAUGGAGAUGUAGGAGAACCAGGUUUGCGAGGUCAGCCGGGUCAGAAGGGUAUUUCCGGUCUCCCUGGAGACGCUGGUAUAUCAGGACAGGAUGGAAGACCUGGGUUACCUGGACCUCAAGGUCCCAAAGGAGACAUGGGUAUCCCUGGAGUAUCCGGCUCACCAGGAAGCCAAGGACUUAAAGGCAACAUGGGAGAGAUGGGCUUCCCAGGACCCACAGGAGCGAAAGGAACUCCAGGUCAGCUAGGUCGGUCGGGCGUACCCGGUAGUUCAGGAGCACCAGGGUUCCCCGGAGCUAAAGGAGACCCAGGUUCCCCCGGAUUUGGUGCCACAGGAGCUACAGGUCCCAAGGGUGAGCCCGGUCGGUCGGGAUUCCCCGGACAAAAUGGAGAGAAAGGAACUCCCGGAACACCAGGUCUUCCAGGGUUUCCCGGCGGCCCCGGAGCCAAAGGCGACCCCGGCCUCCCAGGAUUCCAAGGUUCUCCCGGUAUUCCCGGGCCUAAGGGUCUGGACGGUACCCCUGGUAACCCCGGUCCCGCCGGAGGCCCCGGGCGACCGGGAGAGAAUGGCCGUGCCGGAUCACCUGGGUUCCCAGGCGACAAGGGUCAGGCAGGCCGCGACGGAAUCCCUGGACCAGCGGGAGUCAAAGGAGACCAAGGUCUUUCUGGUUUCGGCGGCCCCGGUUCUCCUGGUCUCCCAGGGUCACCAGGUGCUAAGGGAGAUUUUGGCGCCCCUGGUCUUCCGGGUAACCCUGGGUUCCCUGGUCAGAAGGGAGAGAUGGGCUUUCCCGGCCAACCUGGGUCCCCCGGGAGCAUCGGGCCCCCUGGUGCCCCAGGUGUGGCCCUCCAGGGGCCCAAGGGUAACAGUGGAUCCCCCGGCCCCCCUGGAAGAGGAGGUAUCGGAGGGACCAAAGGUGAGAAGGGAAUCCCUGGAUCUUCCGGAUCCCCUGGUUUCCCCGGAGCGAAGGGAGAAUUGGGAUCGCCCGGAUUCCCAGGUAUUCCUGGCCCUUCUGGUGGCAGCGGGCUGAAGGGAGACAUCGGACUUCCCGGCGUACCCGGAUUCCCAGGACUAAAGGGAGAAUCUGGAAGGCCUGGAUCAUCCGGUCUCCCUGGAGAUCCUGGAGAUCCUGGUCCUGCUGGUGACCCAGGUGUCGCUGCGACCCCCAUCCCACUGAAGGGAGAACGUGGCCCCCCUGGCCCUUCAGGUCUGCCAGGCAACCGUGGCUCCCAAGGACCUCCCGGACAGGAGGGACGCUCAGGUCAGCCCGGUCAACCAGGGGACCCCGGUCCUGAAGGACCGCCAGGAUUCAGUGGAGCCUUCGGCCGCAAGGGAGACUCUGGACCUGCUGGACAGCCAGGUCAGCGUGGGUACCCAGGUCCCACUGGUUCAGAUGGUCAGCAGGGCCCCCCAGGUAACCCCGGCUCAGCCUCUGUGACCCAUGGCUUCCUGAUCUCGAGACACAGCCAAGCUGAAUAUGUCCCUACCUGCCCCGACGGUACCAGCCUCAUCUACGACGGAUUCUCUCUGCUCUACGUACAGGGCAACGAGAGGGCACACGGACAGGACCUAGGUACUGCUGGUAGUUGCCUGCGUCGGUUCAGCACCAUGCCAUUCAUGUUCUGUAACAUCAACAACGUGUGUAACUUCGCCUCCCGUAACGACUACUCCUAUUGGCUGUCUACACCCAUGCCCAUGCCCAUGAGUAUGGCCCCCAUCACAGGAGAAGGCAUCAAACCUUACAUCAGCAGGUGUGCAGUGUGUGAGGCCCCUGCCAUGGUGAUCGCUGUACACAGUCAAACCAUUCAGAUCCCCACCUGCCCCAGCUACUGGGAAACACUGUGGAUCGGAUACUCCUUCAUGAUGCACACCAGUGCAGGUGCUGAGGGCUCUGGUCAGGCUCUGGCCUCUCCUGGCUCCUGUCUAGAGGAGUUCCGGAGCUCUCCCUUCAUCGAGUGUCACGGCCGAGGGACCUGCAACUACUAUGGAAACACAUACAGCUUCUGGCUGGCCACUGUCGACCAAUCAGAAAUGUUCAGGAAGCCGCAGUCAGAGACGCUGAAGGCAGGUAACCUAGCGACGCGCAUUAGCCGCUGUGUGGUCUGUAUGAAGAGGACGUAACAGCGCGGUGGCAACCGUUGCCGGGGACGACCGACAACGACGACAAUGGCGUCAGGCGGGCGGAGUGGGUGUGAUGUUGACGUCUCCGUGAGAACAAGGUGGAAUUCCAACGGUGCAUUGUCUUCCGGAAACAGCAAAUUAAAUGGUGCUACUGUGCAACACAGCAAGAAAAGAACAAAUGUUGAUAAAAUGAAUUUAUUUAAUCUUUUAUUCUUUUUACUUACCUCAAGUAUGUCAAAAAGAAACACACAAAAUCCACAAAAGGUGCCAUGG